AUGCCUGCUUCCAUCACAUUACAUUCCCGCGAGUACCGCCUCCCGCAGGCCCCAACUGUGGUAGUCUGCGUCGACGGCUUCGACCCCGAAUAUCUCGAGUCGGGCCUAGAGCGACAUCUGUUACCAACAUUCAAAUCGUUCGUCGAGACCGGUUUCCACGCAACAGCCAAAAGCUGCAUGCCCUCUUUCACAAACCCUAACAAUGUUUCCAUCAUCACCGGGGCCCCGCCGUCCAUCCACGGCAUCGCAGGAAACUUCUUCCUGGAUCGUGAGACGGGUCGCGAAACCAUGAUAACAGACGACACUCUACUGCGAGGGUCUACACUGCUGCAGAAAAUAUCGGAGCGGGGGGUCCGUGUGGCUGCUGUUACGGCGAAGGACAAGCUGCGCAAGAUCCUUGCCCACGGGCUCCAGGGUGCUGCGAUUUGUUUCUCUGCUGAACGUGCUGCAGACUGCACCAUGGAGGAGCAUGGGAUUACUGAUGUGGAGGAGUGGCUGGGUCGACCGGCACCAAGCCAGUAUUCUGGAGACCUGUCGCUGUUUGUUCUCGAUGCGGGAGUGAAGUUGCUCCAGGAGGGGAGAUCGGAUUUCUUCUACCUGACCCUCUCGGACUAUAUUCAGCACAAACAUGCACCGGGUACUGAAGAAGCCGACAAAUUCAUGAAAGCAAUUGACGAGCGGCUGGGACAGCUGGUCAAACUUGGGGCAACGGUCGCAGUAACUGGGGAUCAUGGAAUGAGUGCCAAAGCCUCGGCUGACGGAGAACCGAAUGUGCUAUUUCUCGAGGACGUGCUUAAUGAGAAGUUUGGCGCAGCUGCUGCACAUGUUAUUUGUCCCAUCACCGAUCCAUUUGUACGGCAUCAUGGGGCGCUUGGCUCUUUUGUGCGCGUCUACCUCAAGGAUAUAACGCAGCUGGAACCGAUGAUCUCGGUUUGCCGGUCACUGCCUGAUGUGGAAGUUGCAUUGAAUGGAGAAGACGCCGCAAGAGAAUACGAAAUGCCGUUAGAUCGAGAGGCAGAUAUCGUUGUCAUCUCGACGGAAAAUGCAGUUAUUGGAAGCAGCAAGGAGAAGCAUGACCUCUCAAAGGUGAGGGAUCAUCCCCUCCGUUCGCAUGGAGGCCUUAGCGAGCAAAAAAUCCCUGUCAUCUUGUCAAAUCCGGUGACAGACCGAAGGAAAGCGGAGGAGAGGAAGUGGAGGAACUAUGAUAUUUUUUAUUUAGCCCUCAACUGGCAUACUUAG